CUUCUCAAGGUUCCUACGUGAGGGGGGGCACUUUUAAGGAACGGACCGCGACGUUUCUGAGAGAGGAAAAUGGCGGGAGGAGGCCAGGUCGGUGGGGCUGGCGCGGCGAUUUCGGACUUCCACCGCGACAAGCGACUGGUGUGCGUGGAAUAUCCCGGCGUGGUGCGAGAUGUCGGGAAGACGCUGCUGACCCUGGGGGGCGAAGAGGGGGUCUCUCGGAUCUAUGCCGACCCUGGCAGGAGGCUCGAGCUCUACUUCCGCCCCAGAGACCCCUACUGCCACCCGGUGUGUGCCAACCGCUUCCCAACAUCUUCCAUGCUGCUGAAAGUGAGAAAGAAAACUAGGAGGAAACAGACAGAAGCUGGUGAUUUUGAGGAAGAGGUCAAGUUUGAAGUCGAGGUCCUUGGCAUUGUUGCCACCGUUUAUAAGUUUCAAGGGAUGUCUGAUUUCCAGUAUUUGGCCAUGCGCUCCGGACCGGAUGGCAAGCAGACCUCAAUGUAUGACAAAGUCCUGAUGCUCAAGCCAGAGAAAGAGGACUUCUUCCUGAGUGACCUUCCACUUUAUAUUCCUCCACCCAUUUUCUCACGCCUGGACACUCCUGUGGACUAUUACUAUCGCCCGGAAACACAACAUAGGGAAGGAUAUCAUAACCCCAUUCUGUCCAGCGAGAACCUGAUAGGUCUCAGUAGGGCCCGCCGGCCCCACAACGCCAUCUUUGUCAACUUCGAGGAUGAAGAGAUCCCGAUGAAGGCGCUGGACGCUGCGGAGCAGACCUGGCGAAGAGUUUGCAGCAAUGCCAUGGAUCACAAAGCGGAAGAAGAAUUGCGGAGGCUGUUUGAGGUCCGCCCUGUGUGGUCUCGCAAUGCCGUGAAGGCCAAUAUCAACAUCCAUCCCGACAAACUCAAGUUUCUUCUGCCCUAUUUGGCUUAUUACAUGCUAACAGGACCUUGGAGAAGCCUGUGGGUUCGCUUUGGUUAUGAUCCCAGAAAACACCCAGAAGCAAAGUUCUACCAAGUCCUGGAUUUCAGAAUUCGCUGCGGAAUGAAAUACGGAUACGCCCCGAAUGACAUGCCAGUAAAAGCGAAACGGAGCACAUACAACUACAGCCUGCCCAUCACUGUGAAAAAAACAGCAAGUCAUGCUGUUGGCAUCCAGGACCUAAAGCAAGGGGCGCCCAGUGCAAGAAAAACUGCUUUUAGCAAGUACAAACUUAAAGAUUCGAUUUAUAUCUUCCGAGAAGGGUCCCUGCCUCCUUACCGACAGAUGUUCUAUCAGCUCUGUGACCUGAACGUGGAAUGCUUGCAGAAGACCAUCUGCCGGAAUGAUGGGAUGGAGACGCUCUGCACGGAGAGAGACGGGUGGUGUCUUCCCAAGACCAGCGAUGACUUGCGGGAUACCAUGUCUCUGAUGAUAAAGCAGAUCAUCCGCUCCAAAAGGCCUGCUCUGUUCACAAGCACUUCAAAUGCUGAAGAAGGCAAAGAGCAGUUGUCGUUUGAAUCUGGAGAGGAAGAGGAAGAGGAGGAAGAGGAGUUCAAGCCGUCGGACGGGAGUGAAAAUGAAAUGGAAACAGAGAUCCUGGACUACGUGUGAUGCUGCACCGCUGGCUAUGUGGCCGUAUUCCUCCCUGUGAGGCAACCCAGAAAUUGGGGAAGCCAGACCUCGUGAGAGAUAUGUAUUGAUCCCUCUCUCUUCCCAUCUGUGGGUCGUGUUCCUUGCAGACUCCUUCGUAUGCCUUCCUGAUGCUCAUUUGCUCAGCACGGAAUUUGGGGCACUUCGCUGCACACAAAAAUGCAGUUGAGUCACUUGCGUCUCUCAUCCUCUUGUCUGUUCACCCUCCCUUCUGAGGGUUCUGCUUCCAGAUCUAUGGAUGCUUCCUCACCUUGGCUGGAUUCUGUCUGCCAUUCCUCCUCCCUGUUGAAUUUUGGGAGCGUUGCACGUGUGGACUGGGCACGCAUGAUUCUGGUGUUGACUUAUACAAAUGCACCUCAAAGUGGCCCCUCUAUGGAAACAGCACACAAAUGCUGAUCUCUGUCUGUUAACAUUUGGCAACUGGCAUAUUAUAUUAACGUAACUCUCUUAUCGCACGGACAGCAUGCAUCAAAUUGUUUCUGGUCUGUCAAACCAUCGUGAGGGGAGUGGGGAGAGUCUGUUUUUACAAAGUUUGCAGAAAGUCCCUGACCCUGUCACUGUUUCAUGUGACAAUUUAGAAACAAACUGUCAGCGCUCUAGAACUUGCUCUUACCUCUUCUUAUUUCCAGUAAUUCUUUGUUCACGGGUAUUUCCUCACCCCCACUUACGUGUAAAUAAACGCAGAGAAACGUUGCAAAAUGUUUGAGUGACAUUUGAUUAGUUUUCCUGGAAGUCCUGCUGCAUACGGAUGCCCCCAAGCAUCCUCUCCUGUCCGCAAAGGGACAAAGCUUUUCUGCUUCUUGUGGAAGUAAUGCAAAGGAAUGAGGUAGUGGUCCCUUCAGUAUUUAGUCAUAGUUAAAGCUAUUUUGGUCCCAGGCUAUGGUCUGAAGCUAAGCAGGGUCAGGUCUGGUCAGUGCCUGGAUGGGAGACCGCCUGGGAACCAUAUGUAAGCCGCCUUGGGUUUCUGUCGUGAAAAGAAAGGCGGGGUGUAAAUGUAAUAAAUAAAUAAUAAUAAUAUUUUACUGUUAAAUCCAGAACUAAAAACAUUUGUGGUAGGUCUCAGUGUGUAUUUAAAAAGCCAUUUCCUUCUUAACUUGAAAAGAACGUGUGUAGUUCACCAGACUUUCUUCUUCAAGAAUGUUUUUGUAUUGCUACCUGUUUGUUUGUUUGUUUGUUUACUUAUGAAUUGCCUUUUACAUGUUUCUCAAGGCGAUUUGCAGACGCGAUAAAAGCAGCUAAAAUUGUUUUUGUUGGAACGCUACAAAAACCAAGUGAAAAUAGGCUUAAAACAAUAGAAAAUGAACACCUCAGGCAGAGUCCUUUUCAUCCAGCUGGAAAAGCUUGUCAAAACAACAGUGUCUUAAGUUGUUUCCAGACAGUGCAGGUAGCAGGUUGUAGAAAGAGGUAAAGAGGCUCACGGCCGUCUUUCUAUGCACAGAUUUGAAGAUGAUGGCCACAUCAGCAGGUCACUAUCAAGGGUCUCUGUGUUUCACAGGAACGCAUAAGAAAGCAUGGAUCCUGGUACUUGUUGCAAAAAGUCAGCUCUUUGAGAAUCUUGGCAAGUUUCUAGUCCAUAUGGCUAGAAGUGGGCAGGCAAUCUUCUACUGAAAGCUCAGGGUCCAGAAGCACGGCAGAAUCAGAUUUCUAAGAGGCUGGCUACUGCUUAGCUAUUUUUCUCUGCUCAAAGCAAAAUUGUGCAGAGUGCACUAUGCAAAAUGAGAAUAUGCAAAUACUUUUUGCUUGAAUACAUUUACACGGGAUGAAGGAAGCAGGAUUUUUAACUUUUGGUGAGCUCCAAGUAGGCACAGUUACGCACCUGUCCUUGCCAAGAGAGAGGUAUUAAAGGGAAGAAGGCACGGCAGCCUGGUGAAAGUAUCAAGGUCCGCAUUGUGUCUUCCUCUUAAAAGGGUUUCAGGCAGAGGAUCUCUCACAGCCCUGCCUGGAGAAGCCAAUGGGGAUUGGACUUGGCACUUUUUUCAUGCAAAGCAGAGGUUCUGCCACUGAGCUACGCCCCCUGAAUCUUUCUCAUCACAUUUGAUGCUGCCAAUACACUGGGAUCUGAAAUGUGUUCAUGGUGACCCUGGGCAAUGCUGAUGUGUUGCAGAUGUUUGUGCUUUCUCUCGAAAAACGUAGCGCUGAACCUGCAGGAGCGAACGAGUACUGAUUUUCCAGCCCUGUCCUCACAUGUUCGUCUUGUUUCAAGAGGAGAUUUCUAUUGAUUUACUCACAGCUAAGGUUGUGUGUGAGAGAGCCCCAGCUGUUGAAUGGAUGGGGGCAAGCGCCAGCCUGUGUCAAGGUGAGCUUCUUCCACUUACCUUGCAGGUUUCUGCCAAACGUUGGUGCCGUGUGAUGAUUGCCUGGCAGAGGGUGCGGCGAUAACGCUGGUCUCCCUUGGCCCGUGCGGAGAUAAGAUGAGUCGGAUGCAAGGUAUAAAAGCGUCCUCAUGUACUGAGACGGUCCCAUUCGGAUCACGCCAUGGGUCACUGGGAGAUACUGUGUCUCGCCCUCACCUUCUGCCUGGGUGCAGCAGAAGCUGCCAAGGUAAUGGGGCAUAAAACCAAUGAGCAUAAGAACUUUGUCCAAUGGGAAACCCCCCCCCAUCAUUCUUGCAAAUCAAGAAUUGGGAUCAAAAGAUCUGUUUUUAAUUCCAUCACUUUUGAAAAGUGUUAUUGGGCUCCUACUGGGAGGAAGGGCGGGAUAUAAAUUUAAUAAAUAAGAACUUUGAAUGGGUGAAUCUGUCAAUUUUGGUUCUCUCCGUUUCUCAUUUUUCCAAUUUUAAAUGCAAUUCUCCACGUUUAAAAUGAUGAAACUGAGGCUAUCAUACUUUGAACACGUAAUGAGAAGACAUGAUUCUCUAGCAAAGACAAUGAUGCCGGGAAAAACAGGGAGUAGAAAAAGAGGAAGGCCAAGCCAGAGAUGGAUUGACUCCAUCAAGGAAGCCACAGACCUGAACUUGCAAGAUCUGAACAGGGUGGUUCAUGACAGAUGCUCUUGGAGGUCGCUGAUUCACAGGGUAGCCAUAAACCGUAACAGACUUGGAGGCACAUGACAACAAAAAUGUUUCUGCAGCUUUUUUUUAAACAAAAACCUUAUGAUAAUACGUUAGCAUUUUCGUGCGAAUUUCUGUUAGUAAACACAUUUUUCUAUGUGCGUUACACAUUUAUGCAGGCAAUUUGCCCUAAUGAUUUUUUGGUAUGUUAUUUUCACUUUUAUAUUCAUUUUUAAUGCACACUUUCCCCUAAUGUAUGCAUUUUUGCAAACACUGAUUGGAGAACUGCGUUGCAAAAUUUGUAGCAGUGCAAAUUUCGAAGUAUGGCUGUGUUUCAGUUCUCACACUGUUAUGGAAAAUUCGAAUUAGAUACGUUCGCCUUUAAAUGCGAACUCAGUCUAACUUUUGUUUUAAUGUAUUUUAAGGUGUUUUUAUGAUGUUUUAAAGUGUUUUUAGCAUUUCUGUUUGGUGCCCUAGGCUCCUGCUAGGAGGAAGGGCUGGAUAUAAAUCAAAUAAAAUAAACUUCUCCUGCAUCCUGAUCUGCAACAUAAUGUUGCGGCGUGGAAUGCGCCUUCAGGAUUCCAGCAACUCCAUUCUCCCCCGCUUUUCUGGUUUUUCCAUCCUUUAUGUGCUCGGUCCUCAUUGGGCAAAGUUAGAGGGUUGCCAUCGCCUCCCCAAAAAAUUGUGUGUGGGUGAUGCUGUUUUGACUAUGUAAGGAAUAGCGUAUGACAAUAUGUUCUGUUCCUUUCUGUGGUGUGCUUUUAGCUGGGCAUUGUGAACACGGAAGGAGGUUUUGUGGAAGGUGUCAAUAAAA